UUGGAAUGGAUCCAGGAAAAGUAAUUGGAAAAGUGAAGGAGCAGGUGCGCAUGGAGCACAAGUCCCGGCGUAACUACCCAAAGGUGUGGUCUCAGGUUGCCGAAAAGGAUACCAACAAGUUCUACCACCAAAACGAGAUUGAUACCCAACUAAGGCAACACCUAAAACUGAAAGAUCUUUGUCCGAUUAGACACAAUAACCAGGGCGAGUCCCGCUUUUUUUCCCCGGAAAUGUAUAAAAACCUACUGGGUAUAUGUCGGUGUGGUCGAUCUAGAGAGGGUCUUCACAUGGGGAAGUGCCUACAAAGAACAGUGAGCCCUAUUUAUGAGCGGACCAACCAAAAAGAGGCUCUAAAGCCCGAGGAAAACCGAGAAGAGCCUCCUGAACCAAGGAUUGUACCUCGCACCUCAAACUCCAACAUUGGAUUUUUAGGCACAGCAACAGACUAUCAAAAACUGGAAAGGUCCAUGCAGUACGUUUCGCCAUCUUAUUCGAUGAAUGGUCCUCGGAUUACAGCUGUUCCAUACCACACAAUUAUUAUUGGCUAAGACAUCCAUUAUUUUCCAUAUGGAAGGGAAUAAAUUACCCAAUUGCGCUUGUUCCGAACCAGAUA